AUGCUAGCAACGUUUUCUCUCAAGUCUCCCAGGUCUUCACCGGCCAACCACAAACGUGCUCAAGUGUCGAAAGCAUGUGACUGGUGUCGAGUUCAUAGGGUGAAGUGCGACAACAACUAUCCGUGUCGAAAUUGCCAGAGUCGGCAAAGCCGCUGUAACAGAAGAGAACUGAGCAAAACAAGGACGCUUCCAAGCGCCGUCAGAGAAAUCGAGCGCCUAGAAGGACGUAUCAAGGAGCUUGAAGAGCAGCUUGCCAACAAUGCAGCCCCCGUAUCAAGGUCCCCCUCGUCAGAGAUAGCCAGCUCUCGACCCGGCGGGGAAACAGGGCAGAAACUCUUUGAGGGCACUUAUACCAAUGCAAGUCAUUCACAACAGAACCAGUGGUAUGGCUUACUAUCAAAUUACUACUAUACUGCUCGUCUGAGAACAUACCUCGCCAUCGCCCUGGAGCAACCGUACUUGGAUGAUUACAUUCAGCCCAAUACCGCCAGCAAAACAUUCAUCAGCCCAACAUCAUCCAAACCAGCCGGAUCUGUCCCUGAGGAAAGCAACCUCUCCGCAGAUAUUGGAACAUCGGGAAGUUUUUUGACUGGGAUGCAAGAGGAUUACUUUCUGAAUCUAUUCUGGGAAUCCUAUCACUGUACAUUGCAAAUUCUAGACGAAGGCGAGUUCCGUGAGCACUACCGGUCGUUGUGGAAGACCUCUUCCUCCUCACGAAAGCCUUCUGCCCUGGUUGAUAUCAUUCUUGCUGUGUGUAUGCAAUAUGGGCUCGCAUUUCUUCCUCGGGAGAAUGACAACUCGGAACAUAAGACUGUUGUAGAUGGCAGUGAUGCAACUAUUGCCGGGAGGUGGUAUUAUCGCCGCUCACAGAUGCUUUUGAAUUCCCAGCUUGAAAACCCAUCUAUAAUGACUCUGCAGUGUCAUAUAUUCACUGUCCUAUAUCUAUGUAAUGCCUCCUACCAGAAUAUGGCUUAUAAUUGCUUAGCUGUUGCUGUGCGGACAGCCCAUUUGCUUGGUUUGCAUCUCGAGCCUCCAGAAGAUAUGCCAAGGGAGCGAAGAGAGUUGCGCAAGCGGUUGUGGUGGACUUUGUUCAGUUUGGAAUGCAAGAACUGUAUGAAGCUUGGCCGCCCAUGGUGUGCCCCAUUCUUAAUGAUUACAUGUCAACUGCCGGCAGAUGACCGUGAGCUGGCCUUGAUUUCCGGUUCUAAUUUCGCUUCUUACGGUGAGAAUCUCACUUGGCUGACGUACACUCUCCAAAUGACAAAGAUGGUCCUUGCUACUCGCUCUGUAUAUAUCGCAUUCUCCGACAAGUGUGCAGACAUUGCGUCUGCCAACUCUGGAAGCAGUCUUUACAAGGACCCACAAACCAUGGAGGUCUGUGCAGAGUUUUUGAGAUCACAGAUGGACAUUAUCCAAAAUUGGAGGGACCAAGUGCCAGAUGGGAUGAAGACUAAGCGAAAAGAUGGCGGCACUCCGCUUUCGACUGAGCGGACAAAGCUCAGUGUCGAGUUAUAUGCUCCACUUUGGCUCCAGCGACAGCGUCUCAUGCUUGAGCUUAUCCACCACAAUCUGUCCAUGAACUUAUACCGUCCAUUUAUCUGCUUUCCAUCGACAUUUCCUACUGCAUCGGGCAAUUCCACGUCGUCACAACCACGUUCUUCCACUCCCAUCGCUGAAAGUCAUGCGAACUCCUGCGUUAACCACGCCAUUACUAUAACGCGCAUCAUGCAUCAAAUCCUGACAAGUUCCGAAAUCCUCAGUGGUAUACAUGAGACAUUUCAUUGGCAGUGGAAUGCAACCGUGUCUCUGAUUGGCUUCGUGCUAGCGUACCCUUUGUCGCCGUUGGCUAUCGAAGCCCGCGACACAAUCAAUAGCGCCAUCACUGUGUUUGAGAAGUUCGGCAAUCAUUUCGCGGUCGGAGCUAGUGCAGCUAAUGUGACUAGGAAUCUCGUGGCCAAAGCUGAUUAUCUUAUGGAGCGUGAGAACGCCCGGUCCGCGAACUUGUCCAUGCAGCCGUCCGACAGUCCAGAUAUGAUACCUUGGUACCCAGGGAUAAUGAGCAUCGAUGACAUGGAUUCAUCAGAACAGUCCAGAGAUAUUAUGGCACUAGAAAGCUUCCCAAUAUCGGGUACCACGGACUUGGGAUUUUCAUUCGACUCGCUCGUUGGCUUCGAACAGUUCUACGCACCGGAUGCAAACCCAGCCGCCUGGACAUUCCCUCAAUUGUAA